AUGAAUGCUUCUGGCAGUAGUGGGAAUCAUGGCCACACUCUGUCGUUUGCUUCCAUGCGCGAGGAGUGCACUGUUGCGUUGGGCAUUGCAACGAAAAUUGUUCUUGCUUUCAGCGGUGAGGCAGGAGCGCAGAUGCUCACUGUAGACGACGGACAAGUGAUACGCGGUAUCGCUUUCUUGCGUGCUCCAAGCGGUGCGCUUUGUGUUGCUGCUGGAGGGGACGGGAAACGCAUCAAUAUCUAUCACGCAGGACUGACAGGGACAUCGCCAGAGGCACAGUCCCAUGCAAGCAGUGGCCGUGUCGGUGAACUACGGUUAGUGUUUUCCUUUGGGCCUCACACAAAACGCAUUACUCACGUUGCGGCCUAUGGUGACACCAUCCUUUUUGCUGAUAAAUUUGGGGAAGUGUUCCGUCUUGGCCUUGCAUGGGGACUGGGUGACUCCCUGGCACUGGCGCCCAGUGAUGCUACGUUGCCUAUCUUUAUCUUGCAACACUUUAGUGUGAUGAGCACCUUAUUUUUGUCUGCGCCAAUCCGGCGGACAACAACUGAUGCGACAGAAACAAGAAGGCUUUUUACAUGCGACAAGGACUGCCAUGUUAGGGUCAGUUGUUACCCCGACACAUUUCGAAUUGAACAGUUUCUGUGGACUGAAGCCCCUCAGUCGGUGGUAACCUCCAUUGCGGAGGUGCCUAACCUCUCGGAAAUGCAGCGGCGCUCCUAUUUUGUAACUGGAAAUUUUGACGGAAAAGUGCAUCUGUGGGUUGCCGAUAAUACCUUGAUAGCUGCCUGCCCUACGGAGCCGUUUACUCUCAUUGGCUCUCUUUCUGCGCUGAAGGAAGCUGAUUUGAACGCGGAAGGAGCUGCUGCUGUUAUAUCUGUCGUAUAUGCCACAACGUCAUCGUUGCCCGAUGGAGUCAACAAGCACGCUGGAAUGGGGUAUGCACAUGGCGUUCUUGUUGCCUAUGCGAAUACAAACGAUGUGGUUUUUGUUCCACUCCUGGAACGUGAGGAUGACCACCGCCUGUCAUUUGCCGUGGAGAAUGUCACUCGAACGCGCUUGGAUUCGCCCCCGCUAGCAAUGGUGGGGUUGGCUACUGACUCAGCCCUUCUGCUGAAGCGUACUGGCCGCGUGCAGGUUCUGCAACUUGUGGGUGUGGCGGAUCAGGAGGCAGUCAUUCAUCUUGCAGAGCCACGACAUGCAGCACUUGAGACAGCAGUUGGGGAACUCGUGAAAGAAAACGGGGGCACAUUGCUGGAAGCAAUGAAUCUCUUCUCGCAGUGGCAGUACGACGCCGUCGAUCCUCGCACACGCAAUGUAGGAAAGGUGAGGGCAGCCUCCGAUGACGUUGAUGAUAACAACGAAGACGAUGGCGAAGAUGUGGCGGAUAGCGCCCCAGUGGAGGAUAAGCUGGCAGGCGGAAAACGGGGGCGCGUGGAGUCUGGGGGCGAGGCUCAAAGGCACUCACAUAUGGCGUGA